AUGGUAGAAAUACACGGUCACGCGAAGAAGUUUCCUAGCAAUGAACAAGACGCGGAGCCUAACCUUGAAGCUGCACUUGACAGCAUUCACUUGAGACGAGAGGCUGCGCCGGUAACUGGCAACGAGUUGACUGUCUACCUCUCAGUAACGAACUUGUUUUCUCGAGGUUUGUAUCUAAUCACUGCACACAACGAUAUAGGCUCGAGCGAGCCGUCGAGCGUUGUGACGGCUCGCACGAAGGGCCAAGCUCCCGUGGCUCCCCCGCUGUUCCAGUUCGUGACCAGCAACAGCACCCAGGCCACCCUGUACCUCACCCAGUGGGACUCUGGGGGCUGUCCCAUCUCCCACUUUGUUGUCCAGCUCCGCGACUCCAACAACCACUGGACUACGGUGAGCUCGGAGGUGUUGCCGAGCAGGACGUUCGCGGUGACGGGCUUGUCGGGCGGGGGGGACUACGACAUUCAGGUUACGGCGCACAACGCAGCCGGCGCCACCAGGGCGCUCUACUCCAUCUCUACCCCGCUACCACAAACUGAUGGAUCACCGACGGCAUGGGGCGGUCCCAGCGGUCAAAGCAGAGACGAUCGCAACUCGCCGCUGUGGCGCGACCUGCGCAUUCUCAUCCCUAUGGCGCUGUCCACACUCGCCCUAAUGGCCACACUCGUCAGGAUCUGCAUCUGCGUCAGGAGAAGCAAAACCGUGACAAAACACAACCCUGCUGAUGACGAAGUGGCUGAUGGCGGAGCAUCGAAGAUUGCUCAGGACGGCCACGACUCUUCCAUGCUCAGGGAGAAACAGGACCUCGAAAACCCAGUCAAGGCGCGCUCACAUUUCCAAAGAUUUCCGCAGCCUUUGCCGAACGUAGACGACGUUCGGAAUGAUUACCCAGGGGAGUCGGACGUGUAUCACUACGCGGACAGCACCUACCAUCUAGGGGCGCUAUCACCGAUACCCCAAGCCCCGCUGUCCCGACCUCCGUACGAGGCGAGGGACGGGGCCUAUACAGAGGACACGAGCCAGAGGAGCUACGCUACUCUUGUGUACCAAAUACCGUCGCUCAAUAAUGUCGACAGCCCUAAUGCUGUGGAAGGCUCCUCGUCGGACGAAAAUUAUGCCAGCGCCAUCCCCUCGAAAAUGUCUCGAGGUUACCGCGGGCAGGCGAGGCCGGAGAGUUCAGUUGCACUCCGGGGCGUUGAGAACCGCCAGAGACGUCCGCCUCGACACAUUUCUUUCCCAUCCCAAUGUUAUGAGUAAUUCUAUAACAUUUGAAGCCUAACGGGAAUGUAGAAGUAGCAUAACAUUAAGAUUGAUAGGAAUGGGGAAGUAUACGGUCAACUUAAAGUGAAAAACCGCCCAAAAAUUAAUUUUAUAUAGGUAUCUGAAAAACAGCCCAAAAAG